AUGGAAGCUGAAUCAAGUUCUAAGCGUUCUAAAAAAUCGAAAAAGGAUAAAGAUUCCAAAAAGAAAAAGUCAAGUAAACAUAAAAAACAUAAAAAACAUCAUAAAAAACGAACCCGUCAUGAAGAAGAAUAUAAUAGCAGUUCUUCCGGCUCAGAUAAUGAAAAAAAUAUUUUAGAUAAAGAACUUUCGAAUGAUAUUUUACAGAUCAAAAAGUCAGAUCAUGAAAGUUUGAUCCAAGAUGAGAGUGACUAUAUACCUUCUGGAAGGGAUAGUGUAGGUAUUCAAACCGAAUCAAGUACACAGACAGUAUUUACCAAUUUUAGAAAUCCGCUUCAUAGAGCAGUUUUUAAACGACCACAAGAUGAAAGUUUAUAUCAUUCAUCUACUUCUAGUGAUGAUUAUUCGAAAAAGCGUUCGCGAUCUCCCUCACCACCAAAUCAUGAUCGUAUGAAGACUGUCACAAGUACUAGUACAUCGAAUAUACCAUCGGUCAUACCAGUGUCAUCUUCCGAACCUAUUUUAUCUCCUAGUGAGUUAAAUAAAUUACAAGCUAGGGUUCUCAAAGCUAAGUUAAAGAAUAUGCCGGAUGCAGAUGAUUUGGAAAAAAAAUAUAAUGAAGCUAAAAAAAGAGCAGAAUCUGGUUCUGAAUCGCGUGUCGAAGUUUUGCCUGUGCUGGAUAGCAGAGGUAGACUUUAUGAUCUUCAGGGACAAAGAUCUGAAUCUCCACAACACGCCGGGCCAUCACGUCGAAAGAAAGAAAAGGUUGAUACACAUGAUACAACUGGUGAACGGAUACGCUAUUUUAAAGAUGACGAUGGUCUUUCAUUAACUGAUUUAGAUGAUUUGGAAUAUAUGGACGAAAAAGCAGAUAGUAUGGCAAAGAUGAAAUCAAAAACAUUUGAACAAAAAAAAGAAUUUGCAAUUAGAGAUUUUCAAAAGUCGAAACGAACUUUGGAUACUUGUAUAUACUGCUUGAAAGAUGAUUCGAGACCUCAAGUCGCUAUGGUAUCAUUAGGAUAUAGGGCAUACCUUGCCUUACCAAAUAUAGUUGAAAUGUCUCAAGGUCAUUGUUUGAUUGUUCCUGUUCAACACGUUACUUCAACUUUAGAAUGUGAUGAUGACGUAUGGGAUGAAAUUAGGAACUUUAUGAAAUGUUUAAUCCAAAUGUUCGCCGAUGAAGAUCGUGGUGUUAUUUUUAUGGAAACCGUUAUCAAUAUGAAGUGGAAUAAUCAUACUGUUAUAGAGUGUAUACCAAUGCCCUGGGACUUGGCUCAGGAUGCUCCCGCAUAUUUUAAGGAAGGAAUUUUGGAAAGUAGUGGAGAAUGGUCACAGAACAGAAAAUUAAUUGAUACAUCUAAAGCAACAUUUCGGAGGUCAAUGGUUAAAGAAUUACCAUACUUUCAUGUUUGGUUUGGAUUAGACAAAGGAUAUGGACAUGUAAUAGAGAAAGAGAAAUCCUUUCCUUCAUGGUUUGGAAAGGAAAUUGCUGCUGGGAUAUGUGAUUUACCUCCAAAUGUAUGGAGAAAACCUAAGAAGCUAAAUCCAAAAGAUAACCCGAAUCGUGUUCAAGAAUUUAUGAAGAAAUGGGAGAAAUGGGAUUGGACAAAAAUGUUACAUGAAGAACAAUGA